AUGACUCCCAUACAACGGAUCAUCACCCUCUUGACCUUUGUCACGUUGUCACUGCUCUACCCCUUCAGAUCACUCCGAGUUCUCGGGCAGUUCGCGCAGCAGUACCAAGUCCUCAGGGUCACCACUGGCCCCAAUGCUGGAGAUUGGGAAAAUCGGCUCUGGUGGCUGGGAACUAUACAGAGGAACACGUCUACAUCAGACCUCGCCCAGGCACGCAAGCUGGUAAACGAUGCCCUUGCCAAGUCGGCCAAGCUCAACAAGGCGCGCCUGGACAACCCUUUCCAAAACAAAUACAGACUGAGACUUGGGACUUUGGAAGAAGAAGCGAAUGUCAAGCGGAGCGACGAGGAGCUGGGAAAGGAUGACGAAAAUUGGAAUGCUUCUCGUCUCCUUACCAUCACUGACGACAUGGUCGAUGCAGCUGUGCUCGUUUCUGAGGCUGAUGCUGUCGAGUUUGCCCGUGGUCUUACUGAAAGGGCCGUUGUCUGCUGUGGUAACUCGUUCUGGAUGGAGAAGUUCAAGAGGAAGGGUACAGUCCUGUGGGCUGAUGACAUAGACUACAAGGUAUUUCGCAACGUUCGCGACUUUGGCGCAGUUGGUAUUGGACUUACAGACGAUACAAAGGCUAUCAAGCACGCCUUGCUUGAUGGUCGACGAUGUGGUGAGAAGUCUCAUGGGUCAACAACCAAAAACGCCAUCAUCUACUUUCCACCCGGGAUAUAUCGAGUUUCAAGCACGAUCCCGUUGCCAUUUGGCACGCAGGUGAUUAGCGACGCAAACAAACGACCAACCAUCCUCGCAUCACAGAGCUUUAUUGGUCUCGGUAGCGGCGGCGUCAUCUCCGACGUCUUCUUCCGGGAUGGCGCCUUUGGUCUCUAUGGAGGCACACAGCAGUUCACCGCCCAACGCCUCAAGCUUGAUGUCCAUCAAUAUGAGCAAUGUGGAUGUUGGCUUUCGGCUCCUGAGAGAGGGCGUGAAGAAGAGGGCCACGUCGGGUCUGCUUCUUUCGUCGAUUCAAGCUUUAGCAACGUGAGCACUGCUAUUCUCGUUGUUCCGCCCAGGCGAGAGGCUGGAUCAGCUAGCACGGGUAUUGUCCUGGACAACGUCGUGUUUGAAGAGGCCGAGAGGGCCGUGGCGGGCAUCAACGGGGCCACCCUUCUCGAAGCCUCACCGAAGGUGGAGUACUGGGUCCUUGGCCCUGUCUAUUCGCCAGCUAAGGAGUUUUCAUGGGGCAGCAACACCACAAGCAGGCCUCACAGGCGUCAGGCCGGCCUGCUCGACUCGGACGGCGCAUUCUUUGAACGUGCCAAGCCUCAGUAUGGUGAACGAAUGCUCAGCGAGUUUGUGCACCUCAACGAUUUUGGAGCUAAAGGUGACGGCAGAACUCACGAUACCGAGGCUUUCCAGCAGGCAUUGUGGUAUAGUCAGGGCAAAGUUCUCUUUGUUGACGCGGGUUCCUACAUCUUUACAAAGACCGUCGUUGGUCCGCUGGGAACCAAACUAGUUGGUGAAGCUUGGUCUCAGCUCGUUGCUUCAGGCUCCUACUUCCAAAACGCCAAUUUUAUACACUGCCACGUUCGACUUGGAGGUGCUGUUGGAACCAACCUGACGGCUGAUGAUUGCCAUGUGGGUGGGCAUGACACGAAUCCGAAGUGCAAAGUCGCCAGCUUGAUGAUGCACAUCACACGCAAGGCUUCAGGCUACUUUGAGAACAUGUGGCUCUGGGCGGCGGAUCAUAUGAUUAAUGACGAGAAGCUCGAUGACGCCAACAACACAAUGAUACAAACCUCAAUAUAUGCCGCUCGAGGGCUACUGGUUGAAAGCACUGAGCCAAUAUGGUUCUACGGGACCUCAUCUGAACAUUCAGUAUUCGAUCAGUACAACUUCAACGGGGCUCACAACAUCUUUGCAGCCAUGAUACAGAGCGAGUCGCCCUAUUUCCAGCCAAAACUACAAGCCCCCUCGCCAUUCAAUGACGCUGUCGGGGCUCUGCCAAGCGACCCUGACUACAACAAGACGGCUGGCGUUGCCCAAGAGUCUUGGGUUUUGGUCAUGAGAAAGUCUGCCGACGUGCCGAUUGCGGGCGCUGGACUCUACUCAUGGUCAUCCUCAUUCGACGAAGAUUGUGCAGGCCUGUCAAAAGGGGCUUGUUCUGCUCUAAACAACUUUGCAAAUGUCAAGAUCCAGAGCCUCGUCACCGUUGGCACUGGAAACAUGGUGGUUCAAGAAGGUUUCACCGUGCCAGACCUCGAUAACCUGCACGUGCAAACUCAUCCUCGCUGGUCUUAUAUCGCCAACUUUGACGUCGGCGGAAACACCAGAGAGGCGCAUCGCAUCUUGAACAUCAACUCAAGCAUCUGGGACAUGGACGAGCCGGAGGAGCCUGUCCUUGUCCUCAAUCUUGGGAAACCCCGCAAUAACUCGCUCACGUGCAAGGACGAUGGCCGCAAGACGACGCAUUCAAUCCUGGAUGAGGCAAUCAAGUCUUUCUGCAAGUCUCUGAAGGAUGAGGACAUGGUGGAGGGUUACCAUAAAGAUCAAAAGACAGAGCCAAACAUCCAGCCUGGGGAUACACGGCACAAGAUUGUCAUAUCACUCGACGUUCACAGCGGUUGCAGAUUCGACUACGACGAGGGUCUCUGUAUGAAGUAUCUUCUCGGGCCAGUGGACGCUUGCAACUGUGGUGGGAAGAACAGGAAGCAAGGCGGGACCUUGUACAAUGAAUGCUAUACUUGGCUCAUUCUCGCUUCACUAGGUCUAUGA